AUGUAUAUUUUCUUUGUCGUAGAAGCUAACUUUAUUUUUUUCGCAUUUACUGUAAUGUUUUUGAUCGCAGCGUAUGUAGCCCUCUUCACCAGUCUAAUCUGUGAAUGUCAUAUCAAAAUCGACAUUGUGCGAGUUUAUUUUCCCGUGAGCCUGUCCUGUGAGGGUUCUAAUAAAUAUUCCUACUUGGGAUUAACGUCUAAAGGAGCACUCGCGGCUGAGCAAAUGCUAACUAUGGGUGACAUACGUGCGUAUUUUUCCCUCUUUGGCUGA